AUGUCUUCUUACGCUGAUGCAGCUGCUUCUUCAGGACCAAUUGGUGCCGAAAAAUUACCAAACCCACCUCAAGUAAAGUCCACUACUAACCCUCAUGGUAAUGUUGAAACAUUACCAGAGGAAGAAUUCAAUAAAUUGAAAAAAGAAAGUCAAGAAGAACUUAAAAAACUGAAGAAGGUUGCUAACGAAGCAGUUGGUGAUUUUAGAAAAGAAUUGGAUGAAAUUGAACGUCAAGGAGAAUCAUAUUGUAACAAAUUUAUAAAGUAUGUUAAAGAUACUUAUAAUGACUUGAGUAGUAAAGUUCAAACUACUAGUUCUAAAUCAAUUGUUGAAGAAAUCAAAAAUCCAGUUGUUAUUACUCAAGCUUUAGUUGGAUUAGGUGGAUUAGUAGCUGGUUACUUUACUUAUUUAGAAAGACAUCGCAUUAAAUCAGAAAAUAAGAUUGUCCUUGCCACCCAUGCUUCAAUUAUAACUGGGUUAAUAUUAGUUGACGGAUAUUUAUUCAAAACUUAUUAUCCAAAAUAUAAAAAAAAUUAA